AUGAAUCGAAGGUUGCUGAUAAUUUUUAUUAGUCUGUUAUCUUUAUCUGUGGUAGUUAUUUGCGGGGACAACCAACCACAUGCGUCCGGAAAGUCUGAAAAACAAAAAAAAUCCCCUGCGAGUCAUGGCCAAGACCAUUAUGAUAAAGAAAGAAGACAAGGCGAUCAUUCAGCACAAUCACAUUCAAACAAGGAUAAAGAUCAUAAGAAAGUAAACAAUCGAAAAUCUGAUUCUACAUCGAGUGAAGAACAAGGAAAGUAUCCUGUGCGUCAUGGACAAGCUGAUUACGAUAAAAAAAGAAAUCAAGGCGAUCAUUCAGCACGAUCACAUUCAAACAAGGAUGCAGCUUAUAAACAAGGAAAGGGUCGAAAAUCUGGUUCUAGAUCGAGUGAAAAACAAGGAAAGUAUCCUGUGCGUCAUGGGCAAGCUGAUUAUGAUAAAAAAAGAAAUCAAGGUAAGCAUUCAGCACGAUCAUAUUCAAACAAGGAUGGAGCUUAUAAACAAGGGAAGGGUCGAAAAUCUGGUUCUAGAUCGAGUGAAGAACAAAGAAAGUAUCCUGCGCGUCAUGACCAAGCUCACUAUGAUAAAGAAAGAGAUCAACGUGAACAUUCAGCACAAGCACGAUUAAAGGCGGAUGAAGAACAGAAGAAAGUAAACGGUCAAGAAAUUUAUUCUAAACUCGAAAAGAAACAACGAAAGAAGUUGAACGACGGUCAGGUUCACACGCAUUAUGCUGGAGAUCACGAACCGAACAAACCUGGAUUCAACGAUAACAUUAAUAAUAUUGAUCGACUAUAUAAAGAUGCAUCAAAGGUAGCCCCUGAUCAAAAAUCAUCUGAUUUCGAAAAUGAUAUAAAAUUAGCUAAAAAAGCUGAACUUGUCGAUUUAAAUAGUAAAAGAGUAAAAAAUGAUUCAUUGACGGAAGAUUCACGUGUAAAGAAAGUAUUGGAUCCAAUAAACAAAACUGACACGAAUGUUUUAGCUCAAUUAGGAAUUGCUAAGUUGAUUCAACCGAAUAACAAUGGUGAUCAUAAUCAACAACCAAACGGUACACAUCCUGAAGCAAAUUACUUGCAAAGUCAAGUAGCUAACAUCAAUAAGGCCAUUGUGGAUAAUGAUAAUGUAGAUAGUACUGGUUAUCUACGUUUUGCUGAUGCUGAUCAAGAUAAACAGAAGAACGUUGAUAGUGUAGUAAAACAAACUGGUGAAAAUAAAUUGAUUAAACUUAAACGAAUGGAAUAUAUUUGUCAUAUGAAAAAUGUUACAUAUAAUUUGGAAUGGUCUAAGAAAAAUGGUACAUUUUUUUUACGAUUUGAAAGUGAUAUUAGAGAUAUGUUGUCUAGUUCUCUAUCGGUUGAUGCUAAAAAUCCAUUAUACGCAUUAAACCUGAAAGAAAUUCGAAAAGAAGAAAAUGAUGUCAAAGUAAUAGUUGAAUUAACAAUACCAAAAGACGGUGUACCCACGCUCAUUGUUUCCGUCAAACAUGUGUUAGUCAAAGCUAUUACAGAAAAAUUAAAAAUUAAAUUGACAAAAGAUAAUUAUAAAUUUUCAACAGAUGGUCAUUUUUACAUAACAAUAGAAAAAGCAUUCUUUAGUGAAUAUUUAUCAAAGGAUAGUAUCAUUCAUCAAAGUUUUCAACAAGAAAUCGAACAUGUAGCAGUCAAUUGGUUUAAUAGAAACGAUAAAACAGUUGAAAGUAUUCAAUUAUUAGAAAUACAAGCGAUUGAUAAAGAUAAAUUUCAAUUUUUAAUUGAAGUACAAUGUGAAGACUCAGUGACAUCACAGUUAUAUACUGGAUUAGAUGUAUUACACAAUCAUCUUAAAAAAUUAACACAACGUUACAUCGAUGCUAAAAAUGCAAAACAACCAUUUUAUAAACCUUUUUAUGCUGAUAUAUUUAUAGUAAAAAUUAAUAUUGACGUUCGUGUAAGUGGUUUUACAACGUUAACAAGUCAAUCACUUCGUAAAUAUCAUGACGCAGUAUUAAGUUUAAAAGAUUUAAAAAGCGAUGAUUUAGCUGAUUAUAAUGUGGAAAACUGUUUUGAAGACAAGGGUGACUUAGUAGUUCGUAUUAAUGUGCAACCUAAAUCACGACCAUGUUAUGAAAUAUACGACAAUAUCAGAGACGUUAUAACUAAUGUAGCAACUAGUUUAGGAAACAAACAAGAAUAUUUAAAAUUUAAAGUUAAUACCGGUUUAAGUGUUGAAUCAAAAAAUCAAUAUAUUCAAUCCAAAUAUCACGGAAAAGUUAAAAAAAAUUCUGCAUUGUAUAAACAAAUUCAAUUGAUAUUCAACGAUUAUCUGUUACGUCUUUAUACACAUAAUUAUUGGUCAUGUGAUGAAAUAAAAAAGGACAAUGACAAACAGUAUGCAGUGGCUAAAGUAUCACCGAUCAAAUCUAUAAAAUUGUUAAAACUUUCUAUAAAUUCUGAUGCAUUAACUAUCAGAUUUGAUGUGGCUAUUAACGGAAUAUUAGAACGAUCAUUAAUGGCAAUAUUGGAUGUUAUUCUUAGUAAUCGCGUACCAUUAUUAUUUAUAGAGAAAUAUAAAUAUAUUGUCAAUUAUUCGUUUAAAUAUUCAGGUGUGCCAUGUAUCGAAUCUGCAUUAGACAAACAACAUACCAAUGUAUUACGUACAAAUGUUCAGAAAGAAUUGACAGACUUGCUUGUUGACGUUGGAUUUCAAACAGUAGUGGAUCAUAUUGAUGUUGAAAUCAAAAAAUCACCAUCGAAAGGUUUUAUAAUUAUUGCAACAUUAUCAACUGAUGAUGAAGGCAAAUGUUUACUUGAUGCGUUUGGUGGUCCAUGCGAAAAUUUAUUAAAUGAAAAAUUGAAAAAAUCUUCAUGCAAUCUGGUUGUAAGCAAAAAAGAAUCAAGUAUUAAAAGCUUUUUUAAAAAAUUUUUUUUUAAAUUAUGA